AUGGCUACCCCUAGUGUCCUCACUUUUGACGCUGAGGGUCGGGCCAUUGACUUUGAGGUCUGGGUAGACGACCUGCAGCUGUUCUUACAGUGCGAUAGGGCAGACGGCCUCUCUCUCUUUGACCUUACCUCUGGCGCUUCCCCUGCCCCUGCUGCUGAUGCUGACGCCAUUGUUCGCUGCCAGUGGGCCACGCGCGACGCUGCUGCACGUCUUGCUGUGCGUCGCCACCUCCCUACCUCCGAGCGUGCGCACUUUAGUCAGUACAAGAGUGCUCAGACCUUGUACGACGCUGUAGUCGCGCGCUACUCCUCCCCUGCCACUGCUGCACUGAGCCGUCUCAUGCUACCGUACCUCUUCCCUGACCUUGCUGCCUUUCCCACCGUGGCUGACCUCAUUACGCACCUCCGCACUAGUGACACUCGCUACCGCGCUGCACUCCCUGCUGACUUCUGCACCAAGAACCCCCCCCCCAUGUACAUCACUCUGUACUUCCUAGUCACUCGCCUUCCUGACUCCCUUCGUGUAGUCAGGGACCACUUUCUCUCAGUCUGUCCCACCACACUCACUGUCGAUCUCCUCGAGAAGGCCCUCUUAGCAGCGGAGAAGAGUAUAGUCGCUGUAGGAGCCUCUCGAGGUGACCCGCGCACCCCCAUCUUUGAGGGGUGUUCCCCCUCCCCCCUGCUGCCCUCUGUUGCCUCUGCUGCUACGGCCGACCUCCUUGGUCUUGAGUCGGUCGGUGCGGCGUCUGCCCCUAGCGGGAGACGCCGCCCUGGCAAGGGCAAGGGGGGCAAGGGAGCUGGAGGAGCGGGCGGUGGAGGUGGAGGUGGAGGCGGUGGGGUUAGUGGGGGUGGCGGUGGGAGUGGAGGUGCGGGUGGGGGGGUCGGUGGCGGCGGUGGAGGCGGAGGCGGCGGCGGCGGUGGCGGUGGGAGCGGAGGUGGCGGAGGAGGCGGCGGUGGAGGCGGCGGUGGAGGCGGCGGUGGAGGCGGCGGCAGUAGCGGAGGCGGCGGAGUCGGUGGGGGUGGCGGUGGAGCUGGUCGCGGGCCUUCGCAGAGGAGUGGCUCCGGUAGUGGCGCGCGCCAGCAGCAGCAGCGCGGUCGUGAGACCCUGUCCCCUCAGCAGCUCCGUGAGUGGUACACUGCACGCCAGCGGGGUGGGGGUUUUGGUCCGUGCACCUACGUCCUGCGCACCGGCGACCGUGCGGGUGAGCAGUGUGGGGGUCUGCACCCCACCCAGCGCUGCUUUGGCCGCCUGACGGACGCGUGGCGUCACCAGUUCCCGGAGGCCUCAGAGAUUCCUCGCUGGGGCGAGCUGUCUAGGGCGGGUGUUGCCAUCUUUUAUCUUGACUUUGAUGCUAUUCUCUCUGCCAUGUAUGCUGUGUCUCAUAGUGAUGAGGGUGACUGCUACCGCUGUUUCCCGCCUGAUCCAGGCAUUGAGGCUGCUGCCCUAGGUGCUUGCGACGCUGCUGCUCUAGGUGCUAGUGUGUCUGCGUCCUUAGGUACUGGUGAGUCUGCGCUCUCAGGUACUACGUCGGCUUCGGCCUCCCUCACCUUCACUCUUGACUCUGGGGCGUCUCGCUCCUUCUUUCGGGACCGCACCACACUCACGCCGCUUAGUCGGCCGGUUGCGGUGUCUCUGGCUGACCCCUCCGGGGGUCCUGUACUGUCUCGCUUCUCCACAGUCCUCCCGUGUCCGGCGGCUCCCUCUGGCACCCUGUCUGGUCUCUACCUCCCCUCGUUCUCGACGAACCUGGUGAGUGGUGCUGACCUACAGGAUGGGGGAGUACACCAGUUCACUCCUGCGCGUCAGCGGGUGACGCACUGUACAGAGGCUAGCACAGGCCGGCACCUGGCUACGUUUACCCGUCAGCCGGGGUCGAGCCUGUACACACUAACCACUGCGUCUCCUCCCGUUACUGAGUCUGGUAGAGUCGCUUCGUCCGGUCAGGUGUUUGCUGCAGCGUCUCGGUCUGGUCCUGAGUCUGCCCCCUGUUCGUGUCGUUUCUUGUCUCAUGAGACUCUCCUCUGGCACCACCGUCUUGGUCACCCCUCUCUGCUUCGGCUCAGAGGCAUGGCCUCCCGUCUUCUUGUGUCUGGUCUCCCCCGGUCCCUCCCUCCCCUUCCUCAGGGCCCUGGCCCUGCCUGUGUCCCCCGUGUCGAGGGGCGCCAGCGGGCUACCCCUCACUCCUCCCAGUUUCCUCCGACAGAGGCCCCGUUGCAGACGCUUCACAUGGACGUGUGGGGCCCGGCCCGCGUCCGUGGACAGGGUCACGAGCGCUACUUCCUGCUCGUUGUUGACGACUACUCGCGUUACACCACGGUCUUCCCCUUGCGCAGCAAGGGUGAUGUUACUGAGGUGCUGAUCGACUGGAUCCGUGCGGCUCGUCUCCAGCUCAGGCGGAGCUUUGGCUCGGACUUCCCUGUUCUGCGUCUGCACUCGGACAGAGGCGGAAAGUUUUCCUCUGGCCUAUUGCGAGCCUACUGUCGCGCACGAGGCACCCGUCAGACCUUCACGCUUCCGUACUCACCGCAGCAAAAUGGGAUUGCUGAGCGCCGCAUUGGCAUGGUCAUGGACGUCGCUCGUACGUCUAUGAUGCAUGCGGCUGCCCCCCAUUUUCUGUGGUCGUUUGCGGUUGGCGAUGCGUCGGCGUUCCGGGUCUGGGGAUCUCGGGCGUUUGCCCGCGACUUGUCUUCGGACAAGCUGUCCCCUCGUGCUGCUCCUUGCGUCUUCCUGGGGUUCCCCCCUGACGCGCCUGGGUGGCAGUUCUACCACCCCACCUCUCGACGUGUUUUGUCCUCCCAGGACAUCACGUUUGACGAGUCGGUCCCCUACUACCGCUCUUCCCCUACCGCACUCCGUGUGUCCCAGGUAGACGCAGUCGAGCCUGUCGAGGUCACUGGUGACUCUGGUGCUGCUGGGGUUGCUGAGCCUGGGGGUGCUGGACCUGGGGGUGCGGAGUCUGGGGGUGCUGAGCCUGGGGGUGCUGCGUCUGGGGGUGCUGAGCCUAGGGGUGAUACGCCUGGGGGUGCUGAGCCUGGAGGUGCUACGCCUAGGGGUGCUGGGAGUGGAGGUGCUCCGCCUGGAGGUUCUCCGGGUGCUUCUUCUCGCCGGGAUCCACUCUCUCCACAGGAGCUGCGCGAGUGGUUUGCCCGGCGCUGGCGCCGUACUGCUGGUGCUGGAGGUUCUUCGGCUGCUGAGGGUGCUGCGGUCGCGGGUCUCGGAGGUGCUCGUAGUGGGAGUAAUGGAGCUGCUGGGCCUACGGGUUCGACUAGAGCUGGUGCUGCUGAGGGUGUUGGCGCUGAGACUACCAUUGGCGGUCCUACUGGGGGUGCUCCUGGUGCUGCUGGAGGUGCUGCUGGAGCGGGUGCUCCUGCUGAGGGUACUGGUGCUGUCCCUGCUUCUUCUGGCGUCGUCACGCGGCCUCGACCGUACUUUGUUCCACUCCUGCAGCAGGUUCUUGGUCUUCCUCCUUCUACUGGUCCUCCUCCUCCCUUAGAGUAUCCACAGCCUGUCCCGUCACAGUCACAGCUUCAGCCUGCCUCCCAUCUGCCUGCUCCUUCUCCCUACGCUGGUCCUACUGGAGGUCUUACUGAGCAUCGUGAGCCUACGUCUCGUCCUGCGUCGCCUGUUAGAGCUGCUCGCGCUAGUGGUCGCAGUUCGCGCCAGCGUCCUCCUCCUGUCCCUGGCACGCACCGGAUGUCUCUGCGUCCGUCUACUGCUCCUCUGCGUGCCCCUUUGCCUGCCCCUCCUGAUUCCUCUCUUCCUGCACUUGCCGACCCUGAGUCGGACUCUCUUCGUGCUGCCAGUCCUACUGUCACGCGUCUCCUUGCUACUGUUGUCACUGACCCUUCUUUCGAGUCUACUUCUGCGUCUGCUCUCGUUACUGAGCUCGUCGACUUUGCUGCUCGCUGUCGCUUAGACUACGCUGCUAGUCUUGUCGCUGAGUCUGAGUCUGUCUAUCCUCCGUCCGUCGGGGGUGAGUGUGCCCUUGGCACGGACGUCCUUGAGGACAGGCAGGAGGAGUUCCAGUGUCUGGCAGCUGCUUCACCUCAUCUCGUGUCCGUACUGCUUACCCCUGAGGGAGACCCGGAUGCAGUUCACAUCCCGACUCCGCGCUCUUACGCGGAGGCGAUAGAGGGUCCCUACUCCUCUCAGUGGCAGGCAGCUAUGGAUGCAGAGAUGGCUUCCUGGAAGUCCACAGGCACCUAUGUUGACGCUGUCCCCCCUCCUGGGGCGAACAUCGUCAGUGGCAUGUGGAUCUUCAGGGUGAAGCGGCCGCCGGGUUCUCCGCCUGUCUUCAAGGCGCGUUACGUGGCUCGUGGCUUCAGUCAGCGGCAGGGAGUUGACUACUUUCAGACCUUCUCCCCCACCCCGAAGAUGACCACUCUUCGGGUACUGCUGCACAUUGCUGCUCACCGUGACUACGAGCUCCACUCUCUCGACUUCAGCACAGCUUUCUUGCAGGGCAGCCUGCACGAGGAGAUCUGGCUGCGCCGCCCACCUAGCUUCACUGGGUCUUUCCCUCCUGGUACCCAGUGGAGUCUCCGGUGUCUAGUCUACGGUCUCCGCCAGGCGCCACGUGAGUGGCACGACACACUGAGGACUACGCUUGCGGCUCUUGGGUUUGCUCCUUCUACUGCCGACCCGUCGCUGUUUCUGCGCACCGACACCUCUCUGCCGCCGUUCUACAUCCUCGUGUACGUCGACGACUUGGUGUUUGCCACAGUUGACACUGCUGGACUCGCCUACGUGAAGUCCGAGCUGCAGAAGCGACACACGUGCACAGACCUGGGUGAACUGCGCAGCUACCUUGGCUUGCAGAUCACCCGGGACAGAGCACGCCGCACCAUUACCCUGACUCAGUCACACAUGGUGCAGCAGGUCCUUCAGCGCUUCGGCUUCACGUACUCCUUGCCUCAGUCCACUCCUCUGCCUACUCGCCACUCACUCUCAGCUCUGCCUUCGGAUGAGUCCGUAGAGUCGAGUGGCCCGUUUGCAGAGCUUGUUGGCUGCCUCAUGUACCUGAUGACCUGCACACGACCUGACCUUGCAUACCCUCUUAGCAUUCUAGCACGCUAUGUUGCUCCUGGGAGACACCGACCAGAGCACAUGGCUGCAGCGAAGAGGGUGUUGCGCUACUUGUGCAGUACGUCGGGCAUGGGGCUAGUGCUUGGAGGGCGGAGUCCAGUGGUCCUCACUGGGCACGUGGACGCUUCUUGGGCUGACGACCAGGCUACGCAGCGGUCGUCACAAGGUUACACCUUCAGUCUUGGUUCCGGCUCUGUUUCGUGGCGGGCUACCCGCUCGUCCUCUUUUCUCGGCUCCUGUUGUGAGGCUGAGAUCUACGCCGGGGCUAUGGCUGCCCAGGAGCUUCGCUGGCUCACCUACCUGCUGACCGACCUUGGAGAGCCGCCUCGUUCUCCUCCACUCCUGUACGUAGACAACAAGGCCAUGCUGGCCUUGUGUCGAGAGCAGCGACUGGAGCACAGGACAAAGCACAUUGCUCUCCGUUACUUUCUUGCUCGUGAGCUACAGCAGCGUGGACAGUUGCGGCUUGCGUACGUGGCCUCUGAGGCCAACACUGCUGAUGUUUUCACCAAGGCACUUGCGCCUUGUAAUCAUCAGCGCUUCUGCACUCAGCUGGGUCUUGUGCCUGUCUUGCCUCACUUGCUCACUUCUUGA